GAAUUAGUAAUUUAUGAAAAGAAACAAAACAGAGCGCCUGGCAUCCAAAUCCUAUAAAUACUUUCUCAUCCACUUCUUGCUUCAAUAACUCGAGAGAAUCAAGACAUCAGAAGAAUAAGCGCUUCAUUUUUUCCCUAUAAAAUUUCAAUCACUCUGUAUAUAGAAAUAAGAUUAAUCAAAUCCAUAAUUAAAGAAAAGGAAAGCCCUGCAGCCAAACAGGUAAAAUGUCAGUGGAUCUUCAGUUGAAAUCAUCGUGUAGUGAGUGUGGAUCGACAACAGAUUUGUAUGGAAGCAAUUGCAAGCACAUGACACUCUGCUUGAAUUGUGGCAAAACCAUGGCUGAGAAUCGUCGCAAAUGCUUCGACUGUGGCGUCACUAUUACUCGUUUGAUUCGAGAAUAUAAUGUUCGAGCAAGUCCUAGCAGUGACAAGAACUAUUUUAUUGGUAGAUUUGUGACAGGACUUCCAAUUUUUUCAAAGAAGAAAAAUGCUGAGAAUAAAUGGUCUAUCCAUAAAGAAGGACUUCAAGGACGUCAACUUACUGAUGCUUUGCGGGAGAAGUUUAAGAAUAAACCUUGGCUGUUGGAGGAUGAAACCGGCCAAUAUCAGUACCAUGGUCAUCUUGAAGGUUCUCAGUCAGCAACAUACUACCUAUUGAUAUUGCAGGGGAAAGAGUUUGUUGCUAUUCCUGCUGCUUCAUGGUAUAACUUUAACAAGGUGGCACAGUAUAAGAUGCUUACUUUAGAGGAAGCAGAAGAGAAGAUGAAGAACAGGAGAAAGACAGCAGAUGGAUAUGAAAGAUGGAUGAUGAAAGCUGCUAAUAAUGGGCCUGCUGCAUUUGGUGAGAUGGAGAAGCCUGAUGAUAAGGAUGUUCGCACAACCAGUGGAAGGGGACGUAGAAAAACUGCUGGUGAUGAUGACGACGAAGGCAAAAUAUCUGACAAGGGAGAGGAAGAUGAAGAAGAGGAGAUGUCAAGGAAGAAUAGACUUGGACUUAAUAGACAAGGUGGUGGUGAUGAUGAUGAAGGUCCAAGGGGAGGCGAUCAUGAUAUGGACGAUGAUGAUGUUGAGAAGGGUGAUGAUUGGGAGCACGAAGAAAUAUUCACUGAUGAUGAUGAAGCAGUUGGUAAUGAUCCUGAGGAACGACAAGAUUUGGGCCCUGAGCUUCCUGCUCCUCCAGAAAUCAAACAGGAUGAAGACGACGAAGACGAAGAAAAUGAGGAGGGUGGAUUGAGUAAGUCUGGGAAAGAGUUGAAGGCACUCCUUGGAAGAUCAGGUGGACUAGAUGAUACAGAUGCAGAAGAUGAUGAUGAUGAUGAUAUGGAUGAAGAUACUGGUCUAUCUCCUGUGCUGGCUCAGAAGCAGAAGGAUGCGCCUAUCAAGGAGGAACCUGGUGACAACAGUCCCGCUAAGCCAAUGCAUUCUAGUUCUGCUAAGGGAGCUUUAUCUGCUUCCAAGUCGGCAAAGGGAAAAAGAAAAACUAACGGUGAUGAUGGAAAAACAUCUAAUGUUUCACCUCAAAAGAAGGUCAAGACGGAAAAUGAAUCAAAACAUAUUGUGAAAGAAGAGAAUGUUCCUACUAGUAAAAGUAAAAGUAGUGCAAAUCCUAAAGGUGCAGCAGCAUCUUUAAGAACAGAGUCAACAUCAUCAACUGGAUUUGUCACUGAUGAGGAGAUCAAGGCUGUUUUAUUGCAGAAUGGGCCAGUAACUACCCAGGAUCUUGUUGCUAAGUUUAAAUCACGAUUGAAAACUCGGGAGGACAAGGAAGCUUUCACGCAUACUCUCAAAAGAAUUUCCAGGAUUCAGAAGACUAGCGGAGGCAGCUAUGUUGUGUUGAGAGACAAAUAAGUACCUGUGUUGUGACCUGCAGACAUCGAUGGGCACAUUUUACCUAUAUAAAAUUGUAAACGAGUGCAUUUUGCUAUAGCAAUUUGACAAGGGAAAUCUACUGAUUUGAAUAAAAUUAGGAAGUCUUUGUGGUUUGCAAAACUUCUGGAAUGCCCUUGUGGUUAAGGGCCUCUGCACUGCCGGAAAUUUAUUCAUUGAGGCCUGAUUCUGCACGUAUAUUCUGGUUGAUUAUUAUUCAUUGGCAUUGCUUUCAUAAGUAACCAAAAUAGAGUUUCCAGCAAUUGACUUUGGAUUUUA